AUGAAUAAAUUACAUCAAGUAAUAAUUAAAAAAGGACUAGAGAAAUCAAUAAUUACUCAUAGAUUAUCAACUUUAUUUAAUCAUAAAUUUGAUCAGAAUCAAGAUUCUCAUUUCUAUUUCCCUUCUUUUAAUCUAUCUUUUUAUAUUUAUAAAAUAUCACAAUUACAAGGAAAUCAAAUUGACAUUUUGAAUCAAUUAAAAUUGGAAUCAAAUCAAUUAUUAAAAUAUUUAAUUUUAGAUUUUGAUAAAGAUACAUCAAUUCAAAAUAUUAAUUUAUUUAAUGAUUUCCAAAAUUAUAUUCCAAAAACAAAUGGACCAAAAGUAUUAUUGGUAUCACAAACUUUUGAAGUGACAGAUAUAAUACUUGAAAUUCUAUCACAUCAUACAAAUGAAUUUGAAAUGGAAAUGGAACAAUUAAAAGAUCAAACCAAUUCAAUAUUACUCCAAAACAAAUCAAUUAAAGCUUUAUUAUCAAUUCCAAAUAUUAAAAUUGAUCAAUGUAAAUUAUUAUUACAAAAAUUUGAAACUAUUGAAAGAAUAUCAAUUGCAAGUAUUGAUGAAUUAAAUUUAAAAACUGGAUUUGAUUCAUCAUUUAAUCAAAUGAUAUAUGAUUUCUUUAGAAAAGAUAUAAUCUAA